ACUGGCACCGCCUAGGUAGUGAGCUGGAGUGGGCGCCGUCAUGGCGGGCGCUGCGGUUCCGGGGCAGACAGAGGGGCUCCCCGAAAGGCAAGAAGUGCAGUCAGCUGCAGGACCGGGAGGAGCCCUGGUGGAGCGCUCCCCGACCCCCGGCGGUUUGGCCUUGGUGAGCCCCUACCGCACCCACCGGGCCGGGGACCCUUUAGACCUCGUGGUGCUCGCAGAGCAGGUGCAGAAGGCUGAUGAAUUUAUCCGAGCAAAUGCUACUAACAAGCUGACAGUCAUAGCAGAGCAAAUCCAACAUUUGCAAGAACAAGCUAGGAAGGUAAGGAUGGCUUUUAGAAAGUUCAGUGAGGGCUUGGCGCCUGUGGCUCAAGAGUGGGGAACACGUUGUCCACAUGACUUCUGUGGUGCCUAUAAGCUACAACGUGACUUAUCCUGGACUCCGUAUGAGGACAUUGAAAAGCAAGAUGCUAAAAUCAGCAUGAUGGACAACUUGCUGAGCCAGUCAGUGGCCCUGCCUCCAUUCACUGAACCUAACUUCCAGGGACUGACCCACUAAGUGAGUGCUGAUGGCCAGUUCUCACAACAAGGACCUGAUUGCCACCUCCUUGUUGCCUUGAUGGGAGGUGUUCUGAGAAUUGAGGGUGUUUAGGUGAAUCACAAACUUCUUGGAAAGAGACUCUAUGUAACUAUGAAUGCCGCUGUUACUACUUUCAGUUGGAAUGAUAAUAAAUCAUGUCAGUCUCUUUUGGGGUCUUGAUAGGCACCAGAUCCCCACCCUGUCAGCUUCACAGGAUUGGCCAUUGUAUUUUCCUCCUUCAGCUCCAUUUGUUCUUAAGUUAAAGCAUUAGAGAAAGGAGAGUUUCUUCUUCCCACAAAAAG